AUGAGCUCAGUCCCAUAUUUGUCAUAGCUAGCCUCUCACUUUUACACACCUCUCUCUUGCUUUCUCUCUGUCUUUCCCCAUUUCUUACCUGUGAGACUUUCAGAUCUUGUUGGAUUUUUAUUUUAAUUUUGUCUUAAAUUAGACACUUGAAGACUGCUGGAGGCUACCACCCACGGACUAGCUUUGCAUGUGUCUGGUCUCCACCUGAUCACUCUCACUGGUGGUGCUGCUGAUCUGUUGGAUCCACCGGGCUGAGUGCUGCCUGUUUUAGCUGUUCAGGAGUGAGUGCUGAGGACUUGUGCUCAGCGGGGGUUUAAUAGAACAGAAAAAGGAAGCAGUCACCAUGCUGCGAGAAGCUGCGUCAAACAUUUUAAAACUCCACAGUUAUCUACAGUCGAGAACUGAUGCCAGAGUCAGAGACUACCCUCUGAUGCAGAGUCCCAUACAGAUGACCACCCUCCUGUUGGCCUAUGUCUUCCUCUCGGUGUACGUUGGGCCUCGCCUCAUGGCAAACCGCAAACCUUUCCGCCUUAAUACAGCCAUGAUUAUCUACAACCUUAGCAUGGUUUUACUGAACGCCUACAUAGUCUAUGAGUUCAUGAUGUCUGGAUGGGGUACCACCUAUACGUGGAGAUGUGACCUAAUUGACCGCUCCAACAGCCCGCAGGCUCUUAGGAUGAUUCGAGUGGCUUGGUUAUUUUAUUUUUCAAAGUACAUUGAACUCCUUGACACAGUAUUCUUUGUGCUGAGGAAGAAACAAGCCCAGAUCACAUUUCUCCAUGUAUUCCAUCACUCCUUCAUGCCCUGGACGUGGUGGUGGGGCAUCACCCUGACUCCUGUUGGAGGAAUGGGCUCCUUCCAUGCCAUGGUGAAUGCAACAGUCCACGUUAUCAUGUACUCCUACUAUGGACUCUCUGCUGCAGGACCUCGCUUCCAGAAGUUCCUUUGGUGGAAGAAGUACAUGACUGCCAUCCAGCUUACACAGUUUGUUCUGGUCUCCAUACACAUCAGCCAGUACUACUUCAUGGAGAAAUGUGACUACCAGGUCCCCAUGUGGAUCCAUUUGAUCUGGAUGUAUGGUGUCUUCUUCUUCCUCCUCUUCUCCAACUUUUGGGUGCAGGCCUACAUAAAGGGCAAACGACUUCCUGUCAAGGACGACAAGCCAAAACUGAAUGGCUCAACCAGUGAACCUAUCACUGUGGUGGCCAAUGGGAAACACCUGGGGAAUGGGAACGCAACCCACAACACCAACGGCAAAAUCUUCCUGGGCAAAGUAAAGGAAAUCUAACGAAGUGACUCUGGAGAUUGGAUGAGAGGAACACAUGGCGGCUCUAUAGGGCCAUCAUCAAUAUGUCAUUCAUCAUUCAUAUCUUAUCCAGCAUAUUGGAGGGGCACAGAUUCCAAUAUACUUCUUCCAAAACUUCAUAAGUUCUAUAUAAGUCUAGUCUUUGUUGAAAAUAUAUGUACACUUCUUGGGAUAUGAAUGGCAUAUUGUGUUUUGCUGGUGAUCUCUACACGUGACAUUGUGUUUGUUAGUUGUUGUGAACACUAUUACGUGUGACGCACACUGUAUGGCGACUGGUGCUCAUUUUGUCACUGAUAGUAUUCUUCAACUCGAGCUUGAGCCACGCAAGCUUGACGUACACUAAUGUUUGGCUGGCAUCAGGUUUGUUGCUUGGAAGGAUCACACAGUUUCCACUGAAGACUUGUAAACCAUGUAAAUAACUGCUAUAAAGUUAAUGCAAAAAGGUUUUCAUUGUAAAUGUCAAAUAUUUAGUUUUUCUUUUUUCUGUUGUUAUUUAUCAUUUGAAAUAAAACAUUUUAGAUAAAGGUUUGUGUCAUUUGGAAAGCAGUUAUGGUGUGUACUUUGUAAGAAACAUAGCACACCUCAGUAUUUCAAUUUUAAGAAUUGUGGAAAACAAAUGUUAUACUGUAUAUUACAGUAUUGAUGCAUUUUGCACAUUUUGCUUAAUCAGGUAGUGACAUAUACACUGCUUUGUGUAUUCAUCCAUACUAAUACAUUCUGAGUUUUGCAAUGCUGUAUGCUCUGUUCUGUCAGCACACUCAGUGUUUACUACUACAUUCGAAUUAAAUAAAAAGAAUGCUGUAGAUGGCUA